AUAGGGAGUACUGAUUUUCAAUACAAAACAAAUACUCGGCGACUCCGAUGUCACUUCCGACGGCGUCGUUUGACUUCGGAUUCGACUCCGACGCCGACGAACUCCAGGCCAUCGCCGCCGAGCAACGCUUCGAACUAAUGACCGUCAAAACCGUCGACGCCGACCUCGACUUCGCCUUCGAUCUCCAACUCCAGGAAGCCAUAACCGCUUCUCUAUCCAUUAAUCCCCAACCUUCCACCUCCUCUGCUGCCGCCGCUGCCUAUCAACCCCAACGAAACGAGGAUGAAUUGAAAUUCACCGACGUCCUCUCCGACGAGCUCCUCAAACUCGAGCAGGAACUCAGAGACCAAGCUAUUUCUGAGAGAGAAUUCCAGAAUUUGAAGAAUGAUCUCGACAGGCGGCUCCACGAUCAUCAGUUGGCGCUUGAGAUCUCGAGAAUGUCGGAUGAUGAGUGGGAUGAUUGGGGGGAUGAUUUCGAGCGACCGUUUGGGGAAGGCAGUUCGAAAGGGGGGAGUAAUGAGAUAUUUAGGGUUUAUUUCAAGGGUUUGAUGGAGAAUCGUUUGACCGACGAAUCUUCUCUGGGAGGAAUUGGCGUCGCGAUAUGCAAUUCGAGGGAUGAUUUGUUGUUUGAGUUGCGGAAGCCGUUCGUGGCCCACGGGGCGAACCGGCGGACCGCGGAUAUCGCGGCCCUUAUCGAAGGGCUCAAUGCUGCAUUGGAACUCCAACUGCAAAGGCUUGUUUUCUACUGUGAUUAUAAUCCGAUUUUGAAAUAUGUUACUAGACAGUGGUCGAGCAAACAGAAAAAAGUUGCUGCACUGAUAGAUAGAGUAACCGAUCUUUCAAAAAAGUUUACGUACUGCCAGCCAGCUCUUGCAGCUCGAAAAGACAUAAAGUUUGCGUUUAAACUAGCUAGAGAAGCGAUAGAUGCUCAGGUGAACAGGGCUGCAGAGGCAAGUAGCUCUAAUAAUCCAAAGGAGGCGUGUGUUAUCUGUUUGGAGGAUUCAAAUAUAAACCAGAUCUUCUCUAUCGAUGAUUGUAUGCACCGCUAUUGCUUUUCUUGCAUGAAACAACACGUGGAAAUGAAGCUACUCCAUGGACUGCUGCCGACUUGUCCACACGAAGGGUGUAAAUCUGAAUUGAGAAUCGAUAGUUGCAGAACAUUCUUGACACCUAGGUUGAUAGACAUUAUGAGUCAGCGUAUGAAGGAGGCCUCGAUUCCAGUGACAGAGAAAGUUUACUGUCCUUACCCUAAAUGUUCAGCUCUAAUGUCCAAGUCAGAGGCUCUUGAACAUUCAAAGCCUGCCAUAGUAGGAGCGGAAAGAUCUGGAGCCAGAAAGUGCUUAAAAUGCAACAACCACUUUUGUAUUAAUUGUAAAGUUCCCUGGCACAACAACUCAACUUGUACUCAGUACAAAAUGUGCAACCCUCAUCCCCCACAAGAAGAGGCAAAACUGAAGAACUUAGCAGCAACAAAUUUGUGGCGUCAGUGUGUAAAAUGCAACCAUAUGAUUGAACUCGCUACUGGAUGUUACCACAUGACUUGCAGAUGUGGAAAUGAAUUUUGUUACACAUGUGGUGCUGAGUGGAAAAAGAAGAAGGCGACCUGCUCUUGUCCACUUUGGGAUGAGGAGAACAUUCUGGAAGAUGACUUCGACUCGGAUGAAGAGGACGAGGAUGCAUACUUUGAUUCAGAUUCAGAUGGAUAUUAGAUUAGAUUUUCGAAUAGUAAAGAGUUCUCCUUUGAGACUACUUAUCAAGUAUUUUUCGGAACCAUUUUGGCUUAGGAGUGUAAAUAUACCACUUGUUGGAAUCGUAAAGAGUUCUCCUUUGAGACUACUUUUCAAUUAUCAGUUGUGUUUGUUAUGAAA